AUGAGAAGCCCCCUACUUUUGCUGGGCGCUGCCAGCUAUGCUGCUGCGCAGUGUCCCUUUUCAAGUAUGUCCAGCGGUAGUAUUCCCGUCGAUUUGUCUAUGUACAGGAACGACUCGGACGUUUACAUGACCACCGACUGGGGUACUCCGAUCCAAGACCAGCUGAGUUUGAAGUUCGGCACCCGGGGGCCAACUGCCUUGGAGGACUUCAUGUUCCGUCAGAAGCUUCAGCGCUUCGAUCAUGAGCGUGUUCCCGAACGCGUUGUGCAUGCCCGCGGAGUGGGAGCCUACGGAACCUUCACUUCUUACGCCGAUUGGUCCAACAUCACCGCGGCUGAUUUCCUCAGCGCCGAAGGCAAGCAGACCGACACUUUUGUACGAUUCUCCACAGUUCAAGGAUUCCGCGGAAGUCCCGACACUGUCCGUGAUAUGCACGGAUUCGCCACACGGUUCUACACUGAUGAGGGCAACUACGAUAUUGUCGGAGUGACGGUGCCCACCUUCUUCAUCCAGGAUGCCAGUCAAUUUCCUGAUUUGGUCCAUGCGAUCAAGCCCGAGCCUCAGACCGAGAUCCCCCAGGGUGGUACCGCCCACACUACUGCCUAUGACUUCUUCUCCUCGCAGCCUAGUGCGCUCGGCACCGUCCUUUGGUUCAUGACCGGCCAUGGCAUCCCCCGUUCUUUCCGUCACGUUAAUGGACAUGGUGUCCAUACUUACCGCUUUGUGACCAACGCUGGCGAGUCUGUCUAUGUCAAGAUUACCUGGAAGAGUAUGCAGGGUGUUGUUAGCAUGGUUUGGGAAGAAGCCCAGGCUAUUGCUGGUAAGAACUUCGACUUCCAUCGCCAGGACCUGUACAAUGCUAUCGACCAGGGCCACUUCCCAGAAUACGAGCUUGGUGUCCAGAUUAUCCCUGAAUCCGACGCUUUGGCCUACGGCUUCGAUGUCUUGGACCCUACCAAGUUCGUUCCCGAGGAUGUUGUCCCUAUUACCUGGCUUGGAAAAAUGCAGCUUAACCGAAAUGUUGUCAACUACUUCGCCGAGACUGAGCAGGUUGGCUUCCAGCCUGGUCACGUCGUUCGUGGUAUCGACUUCUCUGAGGAUCCUCUUCUCCAAGGUCGUAUUUACUCCUACCUCGACACUCAGCUCCAACGUCACGGAUCCGCCAAUUUUGAGCAACUUCCCAUCAAUCGUCCUCGUGGACCUGUUCACAACAACAAUCGUGAUGGUUUCAUGCAGUCCAACAUUUUCACCAACCAGUAUGCUUACACUCCCAACACUCUGAACGGUGGCUCUCCCAUGCAGGCCAACCAGACUGUUGGUAACGGUUUCUUCACUUCCCCGGACCGUUACUACAGCGGUUACCUGCUACGUGAGCAAAGCCCUACCUUCAACGACUUCUACACUCAACCUCGUCUGUUCUGGAACUCUCUUGUUCCAGAGGAGCAGCAAAUGCUCGUGGAUGGUCUCCGUUUCGAAGUUUCGCACGUUCCCGAGGUAUCUGUUCGGAUGGCGGUUGUGACCCACCUGAACAUGAUUGACAAUGACCUCGCCUGCCGUGUUGGUGCCGCCCUGGAUAUUCCUUGCCCUGCUCCUAACCCUAUGUACUACCACAACAACAAGACUAUCGGAGUUAGCGCCUUCAACACUCUGUACAAUAUUUCUGGUCUGCAGGUUGGUUUCCUCGCUUCCAAUGCCUACCCUGAGUCCCUUGCCCAGGGUAUGCAACUUGCCAUGAGCCUGGCUCCCGCCCAGGUUGAUGUCACCAUCAUCGCCGAAACCUUGAUGGGCGCUAAUGCCACCUACUCCGCCACCGAUGGCUCUCUUUACGAUGCCAUUAUUGUCGCCGAUGGCGUUCAAGAUCUGUUCUCUCAAGCUUCGUUCACCUACCAGCCUAAGAGCACCACCGACAUGCCAAAGGUUGUGUCUUCGUACUCGAGCCUGUUCCCUGCUGGCCGUCCCACCAUGAUCCUUGUGGAUGCAUUCAAGUACGGAAAGACCGUGGCCGCUCUUGGCUCUGGUAACUUGGCCUUGAAGAUGGCCGGCAUUGCUUCCAGCGUCCCUGGUGUGUAUUACGCCGGAAGCAUUGAUUCUCAGUUUGUCUCGGAUAUUGAGUCUGGAUUGACUCAGUUCAAGUGGCUCAACCGUUUCGCCCUGGACUCCAACUGA